AUGUAUAAAUUAAAUGAUUCUUGCUAUUCAUUUGAAAAUAUAUUUGAUGAUUCUCUAUUGACGUCUCAUUAUUCACAAAAUGCACAUAUUGGAUCCUAUGAAUUAGUAUCAGAACUUGUAACUAUUCUUUCACAUUUUGGAACAAAAUUAACAGAAGAUAUCACUGAUAAACAAAAAUUGAUUGAAAAUGAAAACAUAGAUUGUUUACGAAUAUUAAAUACAAAUGUCGAUCUUGCUAUUAGUAAUUUGAAUAAAUUUCGUGAAAAAUGUCAAAAUAUUGUGAAAAAUGAAGUAUCGAGUGCAGAGAGAUAUUUAAUUCAGUUAAGAAAUGAAGUAAAAACUCAACAGUCUGAAUAUUAUCGUCUGAUUUUAUCACCAACAGAACAAUGUGCAAGUAGAUAUCAUAUAAAAAAAGUAUUAGAAUAUGUUGAGAAACUAGUGAAUAUUAUCACCCGUUUGAAUUCCAUUAUGCCUAUAAUAUCAAUAUCAGUUCCUACAGAAAAUAUCGACAAUAUUUUAAAUUUUCGAUUCAGCCUUCUAAACAAUAAACAACUCCUUAACAAAGAGCAAAAACAAACAAAAACUCGACAACGGGGAAAAGUACCGACGUUAUCAAUCGUACAAUCAUUCGUCAAUACUAAUAGUCUCGAUUUAACAAAUAUUUCAUCUCUAAAUCAAAUACAUUCAACAGAUUCAACUUUCAAUUCAUCGACAACGUCACUUUCAUGUUUAUCAAUAAUUUCAAAUGUUGAUGUAACAAAAUACAAAUUUGGACAGUUAAUUCGUACAAAAUAUAUUACAUAUUUAAUAGCAACAGAUGGUCAAAAUGUACUAUGUUAUAAUAAUGAUGCCAAUUAUAUUAAUUUUGUUUCACUUACAGGUUAUUUUCUUAGUAAUUAUAAAUGGCCAACAGCACGUAUCAUUGAUGUUUGUUGGUGUCCAUUAAUUGAUCAAUAUUUGAUUGCAACUCGUUUUGCCAUAUUUCAAUUUCAAUGUACUAUAGUGUCAAAUCCAGCUGCUGUUAAAUUAUGCUUUGAAUUAAAUGAAUGCGAAUUUGUUCGUAUAGCAUGUAAUAAAUUGUCUAUAUUUGUUUAUACUGUUCAUCAUCGACAUUCCGUUCUACAAGUGUAUGAUUCUAAUUUUAAUUUGACGAAAAUAUUUGAUAGUUUGACUCAACGAUUACCCGUUGGUAUUCAUUCGUUUUGUUGUACAAACUCCCUGAUUGGUUUAACAAUUAAAAAAGAACACUUAGGAAUGAUUGAUGAUCAUCAUUAUUAUCAUCCAUAUACAAAUCCGAAUAGUAUUUCAUUGUUAUUAUUUGAUAUUGAAACAUUAGAAUUAUAUAGAAAAAUUGAUCUUACUGAUUGUGAGGAUGUUACAAGUAUGAAAUGUUUAGAAUCAUCGAAUGUUUUCUUUAUUCUUGGACAAACAAAAAAAUUAUGGAUAAUCAAAGUUGUCGAUAAUAAUGACGUUGAAAUAAUUCAUAGAAUUCAUUUAUAUACAGAUCAAACACAAUUGUGUGUAUUGAAUAAGAAAGAUUUGUUAUUGAUUAAUAGCGGAUGUUUUGGCAUACAAGUUCUCAAAUAUCGACCAUAA